UUCAUUUACGGAGAGCCAAAAUUGCCUUCAUUUGUCCAAUUCAGAGUCUUUUUUUAUAGAUCUUUAGAAAAAUCUUUUUUUUUUCCCGUUUCUGUUUCCUUUUUGGGUUCCCAUUUGAUGAGUGAUUGAUCUCGUUUUAGAGGAAACUAAAGGUCGUUUUGUUUUUUUGGCAACAAUGAAGUCUUCAAGUCGGCUUGACUCGGCUGUUUUUCAACUCACUCCAACUCGGACAAGGUUUGUUCGUUUUGUGAGCACUCCAGAGGUCUUGGAACGCGUGUAUGCCUUGGAAUCUGAGAUCUUGCAGAUUGAAGAGGCAAUUGCGAUUCAAAGUAACAAUGAAAUAGGGUUGGCCAUGGUCAAAGAUCAUCAAACAAAAUCUGUGGAACACAUUGAAGGUAGCAGGCCUCUGCUGGAUUCUAAUGAGGAGAAAGCCAUUGUCCUUUACAAGGUGGGUGCACACCUAAUAAUUCUCAUACAAUGGUUUUUGACAGUGAGAGAAUUGUUAAAACACCUUGAGUGA